UAAAAUUAGCAAUUGUAAUAAAGAUUGUUCAUUGUUUGCAAUUGAACGUAGAGAAAUUUUUCUUAUUUUAAAUAUGCAAUAACAUAAAGUCAUGAAUUGCCAUCAGAUUUUAAGUGGAGCAUGCAACGCAGGGGAUCGAUGCUUUGCUACAGGCUCUGUCGAAGGAGUAUCAUUUACUGCAUACGCCGCAGGAUGUAAUAUUGUGAUCUUGGCUAGCACUUUUGAGAGAGUCCAAAUAAUCCCAGGAGCUACCCAUGGUUACGUCAAAAUUUCUGCUCUCGAUUGCAGUACCGAUACUGGAAAAAUUGCAGCAUCCUAUGAAAAUAAAAUAUGCAUAUUUGAACCCACACCAGUGCUUUUGAGAAAUAAGAGUGUCAAGCAUUAUUUGGAUUACAGAUGGGUACAAACCGGAUCAUUCUUAUGCAACUACCAUGUUUUCACACUUUCAUGGAAUUUAGAAGGAACACGUCUUUUAACUGGCGGGUCAAUAAUAGAAAUGUGGAAAGAAAAAAAUGCGGAAAAAGCUGAGGAAAAUUCGAAUGGUAAGGAAGGAUGUUUUAAGCCAAAUUUUUGCUUUACUAGCAAUCGGUUUUUGUUUUUAGGGGUAAAAUUCGAAAUAGGCGGGGGUGACCGCGGAAAUAAAACACCAACAAAUGAGAUCCAAGACGAAGUAGUAACUUGGGACACUAUAUGGUCAUGUCAAACUGCCAUACCGAUUUAUCAUAUGGCAUUUAGUCCAGAUGGUACCCUAUUUGCCACUUGCGGACGAAAUGACAGACUCGUAAAAAUUUGGUAUGAAAAUAAGCAAGUUCUUUUUCCAUCGAAAAACAGUACCAAAACUGUCUUCGGAAACGAUACAGAACUCAAUUUUACAUAUGUCUAUAUUGCACACCCUCGAGCAGUAACAAAUAUCGCAUGGCGUAAAACAAGCAAGUACAUGCCGAAAGGAUCGGUAUCUAAUAUGAUAGUAACUUCAUGUCUCGAUAAUAUUUGUCGAGUUUGGAUCGAAACCGUAUUACCGGACGAUGGCUUAAUAAACAUGACACAGUUUGAUCCAUUGGCAUCACAGAAUCCGAAAUUUAGAACUCAACGUCACAAACACCGUUUCAUGCAACGAUUAAAACACAUGAAGACCUGUUUUCAUAUUAGAAGACACGCUAAGACAGAGUCCGGAUUGGUAAAUUAUCAAGCCAAUGCCUUAGCUGAUACUUUUCACGGACCGAUACCCUCUUUACCGUCAUCGUGUAGCGUUCACGAUUUCCAUUCAUAUGGCUUUCAUGGCACUGGCGUUUCACCCGGUAUGCAUUUUCACCUGGCGGCAUCAAUUAAUGCUGAAACGGAUAUUCCUCUAGUUCCAUCAAUGCAUUCGUCAGACACUUCUAAUCAAAACAGUUUUAUUUUACAUUGGCUUAACAAUAAGGAAAUGAAUUUCUCAAUUCAAGCUGAGUUUAUAUUGCAGGAACUGACAAAAAAAAUAAUUGACGAAGAAAGUACUAAUGCGUCUACCAAUAAUAUUUCCGAACAACACGAACUAGAUGUUGCCGACGAAUCAAAAAAGAAGUUUUUCCGAGCUCUGUCAAAAUCAUUAUCUGCAGAGGAUAGUUAUUCGGAGGAGUGCAAGAUUUCACCGCAUCACAGUAAAGCUGGAAUUUUGCAAAAUAUGAAUUCAAUGUCAAAUACUGCAUCCUUAAAUUCUCUUAAUAAUGAAAACAAUCCAAUCAUUAACCAAUUUGCUGACUCCUUGGACUUUAAAAUUGAGUGUUUAUUAAGAGAUUGGCACCAAAGCCCCGAUCUUGUAUUUGCAAUUCAUCCUAUCGAUGGAAGCUAUCUCAUAUGGGUAGUUGAUUGGUUGGACGACUAUUACCCUGGCUCUUUUCGUCAAGCACAAAUAUCGUUCUCCACACGGAUUCCUUUUGCAUUUCCACUCGGAGACGCAAUGUCUAUGUCUACUACAGUUAGUUUAUACAAUACAGGUUCUCCACCACUAAUUUUUAGAGAAAUUGCAAACAGUGUGAAGAGUAGAAGUGCAGAAAUAUCCUCGCUUAAAGAAUCGGCGAAUUCUUCUCCUGCAAACAAUCUAAACAACUCCGACAUAAACGAACACUGCUUAAACAAUUUAACAAAUAGUCUUUCGCCGUCUGUUUCCAUGGUAACUAAGCAUUCCAAUGGAACUUUAAAUUUGUGGCAGCUAACUUUUGCUCUUAAAACGAAAUUUACUCAAGUUCUUAGCAUCGGGCAUGUUUGCAGAGCAUCCGGUCACCGGUUUAGAGUUAACGAUAUAACAUGUCAUCCCGUUUUACCACUUCUUGUCUCAACGUCUCAUCAUAACUUACCAGAAUCAGAGAAGAAGUCACCUAGCAGUGCUGAAAAUCUUCCUUACAAUAAAGAUGUUUUCACACCGUCUGGAUUUUGUUCUGAAUUAAUUUUAUGGAGAGUUGAUUCUGUUGGUCCUCUUUGCCAUUCGGGAGGUGUUAGUGAACUGGCCCGCAUAAAUUCACCUGAAAUUUCUGCUUUUAGUAAUGUAGCAUGGAUUCCAACUUUACUUCCUAGUACAACUUUAGGAAGCAGCAGUAAUUCUCCUUCAGCUUGUUUUGUUGCUAGUGAUGGUGAGAAUUUACGGGUUUAUCAAGCAGUAAUAGAUGCCCGCACUCUCCUUGCAGAGAUAUCUUCUUCUGAAAAUGCUCACACUUUCUAUAAAUCCAGUUCGAUGACAUCAAUUUAUUCAAAUGCUUCGUCAACAUUCAAAAUGAGGAAGACACCUUUUCAUGAAAAACUUAAGGUGGUGUCACAACAGUCUACUGCACGACCUGGAUGCAUUAUUCAACUUGACCCAAUAUCAGAAGCUAAACACGACUGGCAAAACACUCAAUUCCUACAUGUAUUUCAAGCACAGUUAAUUGAUGGGGGUCAUCGAUUGGAAACCGAUUUGGAUGCAAUUGUUGAUUUACAACAAAAUUUUGAAUUUAAGGAACCGUUUUAUAUAGUAAUUAUCGAAAAAACAAUUAAAGGGAGUACAAUACACAUGUGGCGUAUUAUUAUUUCCUCAAAAGAGCAAAAAAAUUUUCUAUCCGAUACAGCAAUGUAUGUCCCUGACAGCAACAUUGUGCAAGAUAUGGAGGAUUCAGAUUUAGCACAACGACGAAUGUCAGCUACUAAUGUAUUACUAAAUAAUUGUGACGAAACAGGAAACGACACUUCACAUAUGUCUAUACAAACAGAAAAGGUUUGUACUCAGGAGUUACCAAUGCCCGAAGGUGUUGACGUGAUCCACGCCUCUCCAGCUGCUGGCCAUUUAAGUUCUUCAUCAAUUUAUCCUGCUUGUUACGCCCCCUACAUAAUAGUUACUGCCUGUUCAGAUUCCAUAUCCCGUUUUUGGAAAUGCGAAACUCUUCCAGAAAUUACAGAAGAUAUUUCAAAAAAAACAUAUAGAUGGGUAGAGUGGAAAAUGUUCAGUAGAGUGCAAGACUCUGCCAUCGAAAUUCCAGGUCAGCCUCUAAAUAUUAGUGCUGCGUACUCUGGACGUGUAGCUUGUGCUUAUAAAUAUGGAAAGAGCUUUACUCGACCAAAUAAAGGGGAUCCAGAUUCGAGAUAUAUUAAUCUUUGUGUGGCCAUUUAUGAAUGUGAAAGCUCUGGGGGAAGCGAAUGGGUAUUGGAAGACACGAUUCACUUAAAAAAUGUACAUUUACCACGUAUGAAUAUUGAUCAUGGCAUUGAUCUAAGUUAUCUACAUGACAAUCGAUUACUGCAAAAAAAACAACGUUUGAACCAAGUGUUUCAAACUUUUACCCAAGAUGACGGAAGAUCCCCUCGAAGUGGAGAUACAACACCUGAACUUACAACAAAAACGGCAUCUACAUCAGGGCUACUAGCGGUUCCAAGUUUUAGUACCCUACAAUCCCUUAGGAAAAGUAUCGCUGAAAAUGGAAAUACAUGUCCGUUAACUCAAAAACAUCUCGUUCAGUUAGAUUGGGUAUCAAAAGAAGAUGGUUCGCAUAUAUUAACAGUAGCUGUAGGCAGUAAAAUACUUUUAUAUACAGCGGUUUCAUCAGAUAUCGCGCAAGCAAAUAUUAAAGCUAUGAAAGUCUCAAGAUCAGCAAAUCGGCCAAUAUUACGUAAGGCUAGUUCCUUAGCUCAGCCACAUUUUAACGAUGAAAUACGCUGGAUGAAACUACGUCAAAUUGAUUUACACACAGCCGACGGUUUACCACCAUUACCUAUGCAAAUAUCGUGGGUUCGAGACGGAAUAUUGGUGGUAGCAAUGGAUUCUGAAAUGCAUGUAUACUCACAAUGGAAACCUCGAUUUAACCAGGAACAUAGCGUGGAAGACCUUUUCGAUUCAAGAAAUCUCCGGGAUGAAGACUUGAGAUCGUUGGCCAAUGAAUCAACGCAGUUAAGGUUAAAAACUGCGACUUCUAUACCACUAAUAAGUAAAGUAAGCACUGCUAAUCUGCAAUUGCUUUCUAACGAAAAACGGAAAAGAUAUGGAAAUUCAAGUGCAAGUGUACCAACAGGCUGUGAGCCAACAAACGAUGAUUAUAUGCCGGAUUUUGGUUUGUUCCAGGCUUCACGUAUCGCAUGUCCGGUACUUCCACAAUAUCAUCCUAAGCAACUAAUGGAACUGCUCAAUUCUGGUAAAAUAAAUUGGGUCAAAGCAAUAUUAGCUCAUUUAGUGCGCUGCAUGAGUGGUUCAAAUGAAUAUACAUCCAGCUCAGAUGACGGAGUCUCAGAGAAACAGAGAGCAUGGUCCAGAUCUCGAACUCUAUCCAUCAGUUACGUCGGAGAUACAAAUGUAUCAAAUGAACACCGAGGUUCAACAACACAGGUUCCAGAAGAGCUCAUGCUCGAUUAUACUGAAAUUACAUCCAUACCUCCAUUGCCUCUUUGGGUGCUGUUGAAUGCUGAUAAAGAAUUAGUAGGUCAAGGAAUUAAUAUUCUGGAAAAUAAUAAAGACUAUAAUGAACUAUUCGAAUUGAACAAAUCAGAGGACAAUUUAGAUGAUCUUCUUGAAAACGAAGACGAGCAUUGCAAAUUCGAAAGGAAACUAUCUAUACCAGAAAAGCUGAGUAUAUCACAUUUUGGAUCCCGUCAAGGACAGCUAUUAUCGCGUCUUCUCACCCACACACAUUUGCCUGGCCUAUCAUCUUUAGAUCAGAUGCACCUGUUGGCUCUAGCUGAUACUGUAGCUAACUUUAACAAUGAUUUUAGUGAGAAAUUCGCUUCCGACCAUGGAAAAAAUAUCAGUAAAGACAUUUCAGGCAACGCAAUAUCAGAAUCCUUAGAUGAUUGCGGCUUACGAUUUCUACUCGCUAUGAAGCACUUUACUUAUCUUUUGCGAUGUCUUCCAUUAAAUCAAAGGGCACAAUUUCAAAAGCAAGGCAUUGGAACAUCAAAUAUAGUAUGGGCUUUCCAUUCUGAAAGUGAAGAAGAGCUUUUGAAUCUUAUUCCUUCCUAUUCAAAAGGAGAUCUGAGAUGGUCAACACUAAAGGAUCUCGGUGUAGGAUAUUGGUUAAAAAAUAUAAAUAUUUUACGUUGCUGCGUGGAAAAAUUAGCAAAAAGUGCAUACCAAAUGAAACAAGAUCCAUUAGACGCGGCUAUAUUUUAUUUAGCCAUGAAAAAGAAGUCAAUUGUAUGGGGACUUUUUAGAUCUAAGCGAGAUGAAAAAAUGACAGCAUUUUUCUCCAAUAACUUUUCUGAAGACCGUUGGAGAAAAGCAGCGUUAAAGAAUGCUUUUGUUCUUUUAGGAAAACAGCGGUUUGAGCAUGCAGUUGCAUUUUUCCUACUUGCGAAUUCUCUAAAUGAUGCCAUAGAAGUUUGCAUAAAUAAAUUAGAAGAUUUUCAGCUGGCAUUAGUAAUAGCAAGACUCUUUGAAGGCGACAUUGAAAUUUCUUGUAAAUCGACUUAUAGUAGCUUACUUACCGAACACAUUCUUGGAAUUCGCGAUGAAAAUAGUGCUUUUGAUAUCAGUAAAGCUCAUCCAGAUCCCUUUCUUCGAUCAAUAACUUACUGGAUUUUAAAGAAAUAUCAAGAAAGUUUACACACGUUAUUAUUAAAUGGAGUUGGUAUAAAUCAUACCGCAUUUAAAGAAGAAGACAUGUUAAAAACAGAAAACUCUGCAACAAAUCCUAAUGUUUUUAAUUUCUACAUAUAUUUACGUACACAUCCUUUACUUGUCCGACAAAAUUUAGCUUUAUCUGCGCAAGAGAAGAAAUGCGCAAAUGUUGUACUAUCUGGAUUUAGUUAUUCUGGCGAGAAUCAAAUAUCUAAAUCAAAUGAUAAACAACUUCAAUUGGAAGAUUCAAUAACACCUAUUGAGAGGCAACUUUACUUUACAACAGCCCAUGCACAUUUCAAGGCAGGCUGUCCGGCUUUAGCUCUUGAAGUAUUAAAUAAGUUACCAAUGAAAAUUAUGGAUUCAAAUAAUAUGUUUGAAGAAUCUUGCACUAUUGUCCAUAAAGAAGACCAAAUAACUUCUGGUAUAAUUGACUGGAGUGAACCAGUGGUUGAUUCAGCAGCAAGUUUUGAUUGGGGUGGUCCGGUUUCGUCAAUAGAAAAGGAAGAUGUAUUCGAAAUAAAAUGGGAUGAUGACGAAACAAAAAAUGAAGAAGAUGAUGAAGUCAUAGACCAAGUUGAAAACAGAAUACCUAAAUUAGAUAAAGUUCCAGAGAAAGUGCAGGUAGAAGUCGCAAAAGAUAUCAAAAUAGAUAUCAUGGCACAGCAACUAAAAUUCGUAGCAUGUUUAAAAAUCUUAAUGGAGGAACUUUCAACUUUAGCCACUGGUUUUGAAGUAGAUGGUGGCCAAUUGCGAUAUCAGUUAUAUAUCUGGUUAGAAAAAGAGGUUGAAGCACUGAAGCAUCUUUGCAACUAUUGUAAUUAUGACCACGUUGAUAUGGAACGUUCUACGCAAAUUUCCGACGUUACGCUUAAUGAAAGAGAUCAAAACUCCACAUCAUUUGUGUUAUCAGAAAAACCAACUCUCCAUGAAAUUUUGAUGCAAGAAAAAUAUGAUUUCGAGGCAAAAGUGUUUAGAGCUGCGAAGAGGAAACGUUGGCUGAAAGAUAAUGAAACGCUUUUAAGGACUCUAUUGAGCUAUUGUUCACUUCACGGAGCCAGUGGGGGUGGUCUUGCCUCUGUAAGAAUGGAAUUGGUUCUACUAUUGCAAGAACUUCAACAAGAGAAAACACAGCAGCAACUUUUAAGUCCACUUCCAUUCCCAACCACUUUGCCAUUAUUAAGCGCUUGUGUUGCCGGCAAUAAAACUGUUAGUGCUGACCCCAUCAAAUAUUUACAGUCGCAAACGAUCGAUAUGCUUCAGACAAUUAUAAAAAUUACACCGUUACCUGGUGCAACAACUAACUCCUUCUGUGAAAUUUUUAUUCUUCGAGAUUUAUCAAUUGCACUGUCUUCAUGUAUUUACCAAUCUUUAUGUGAUUCGGAAAGUUUUGUUGUCCAUCAUAAUACAACUUUAAAUGGAUUUCAAAGCCCAGGAAUAGAAAACAUUGCCAAACUGAAUUCACUUUUUGAAUGUUCUCACUUAAUUGGCAAUACUAAUGUCUACAAUAAGAGAAGAAAGUAUUCUUCUGAUGAACCCACAGUAAUUUGUACUUCACCGGCAAAGUGGCCCGGCGUUACGAACUUAAGAGCAUUACUAGCACGAGAAAAAGAUGAAGACAUUCCAAAAUUAAAUGUUUUACUACUUGAAUCUUUUAUUGCUACAUAUAUGUCACUACUAAUUUAUUCGGUGGCCACUUGUGAUUGUCGUUUGUUGUAUAGACUUGUUGGUCAAAAGUUUUCAACUGAAACUUGGUCAACAAUAUUUGGAGGCGGAAUGAAAAAACUACUACGGAAGGCUACUUUGCGGAACGAAUCUAAAACUUCGAACCAAUCGCAAUUCACUGCCUCUGAAGAAAAAAUAGAUGAAAGUGGAGUAUGGAAUACGGUAACUUCAAUUACGAAACAACGCGUUAAACUUAAUAUGAAACUGCUUGGCACAUUUAGUCAUAAUAGUUCUUCAUCAAGCAUGAAAGAAGAUAAACCCACUUACAGAGAACAAUUCGUCCCACCGGAAAUGUCGAUGCUGUCAUAUUUUCUUUUGAAACCUGUGAAUAAUGAUGAAGACGACUAUGACACCGAUGAUCCUAUUGAAAGUGAUAACGAUAUGGACGAUGAAGACGAUCCCGCUGAGAUGAACAAUUCUUCAAAAUUAACUUACCAACACACUAAGUGUAAUACCGAACAUUUAAAUCCUUCCUCAUAUUCUUGGAGUAUUUUACGAUUGGCUAUUAUUCAACUUAUUUCCUCUAAAAUUCAGGAAUUUGUUAAUGUAGCUGGUAUCGAAAUUCAAGAUCUCCCAGUUUUGAGUCCUUUAUCACACGAGGUUUUACGAACUCUUAGAGGUUGGCAGGACUUUGCAAUUAAUGUGCUGAUAACUAAAGGACCGCCACCUGAAGACUUCAUACCAGGUUGCUAUGUUGAGAGCUGCGGUCAGGGUCCACCAAUACAUAGAUAUCGCUCUCUUUUAAAUAAAGAGAAUACGCCGUUUCUCUCAAAUUCUGCUACUGGACCUAUACGAAGAUUGUGGAAUUAUUUAGUAAGGCAAGAACACGCUCAAGAAGUUUUUAUUAAGGCAGUAUUUGGAAAGAAAAUGGAUUAUCGCACGAUGGCACGGGAUAAUGUUGAUUUUAAAUUAGAAUCAGGAUCAAUAAAUGAAAGCGAUGAAUCAGAACAUAUACGAAUAAUUCACAAAGAUCAUGAAGCUUUAUUAUCAUUUUGCUUAAACAAUAAUUCUUCUGGAAUGAUUGCAUUGGCGAGUCCACGAGAAAUUCAAGAACUAGAUAUUACAAUGUUACUAGAAUCCCCCAAUUGGUAUGAAGAUGAAUGUGAUUAUGACGUUUUAUCAAAGGAAACAGAUCCUUUAUCUACUACUGGAUUUUUGGUUAUCCAAACUCAGGAACAGUCUCAACAUAGUUCUGCUAUAAGUUCUGAGUCAUCUAUGAAUUACCAGUCGGCAUCGCAAUCUGGGCGAGGUACCUCAUUGAUUUUACGGCAUAAAUUUGAAAACGUCAAACGGAUGAGUUCUCAUCCGUUACUACCCCUUUAUCUAACCGGUGGUCAGGAUGGAUCCGUUCAAAUAUGGGAAUGGGGUCAUCAACAGGCGGUAUGUUCUCCACGACCCUCGGGCACCUUUGCAAAAGUCACUCGUUGCAGAUUUUCUGAGCAAGGCAAUAAAUUCGGAAUCGGCGAUGGAGAUGGAAACCUAAGUUUAUGGCAAGCUGGCAUAGCGUCGCAAAAUAACAGACCAUUUUUCACAUACCAAUGCCACAAUAAAUUACUUUCGGACUUUGUAUUUUUGGGUUCAUGCAGCUUGUUGGCCACAGCCGGACAAAGUUCUGAAAACAAAAAUAUUAACAUUUGGGAUACAUUAUUGCCUCAGAAAAAAUCGUGUGUUUCUGCGUUUACGUGCCAUGAUCAAGGAUCAUCUUGCUUGUGUUUUGCUCCACAACACCAGUUAUUGAUAUCAUGUGGAAAGAAAGGCGACAUAUGUAUUUUCGACGUACGACAGAGGACCCUUAAGCACCGAUUUCAGGCGCAUGAAGCUGCUAUAAAGUGUAUAGCUCUUGAUCCCCACGAGGAGUUUUUCGCUACAGGAUCAGCUGAAGGAGACAUUAAGAUAUGGAACUUAAAUCAGUAUUCAUUGAUUAGCACAUGCCCUGCUGAACAUGCUAAAAACAGUUUUUUUAAGCAUAUUGGCCAAGGCGUAAGUCAAAUACACGUGGACAAUUAUGGACGUCUUUUCUCUUGUGGUUCUGAUGGUUGCAUGAAGGUUCGCCAACUAGUAGAGAAGGAAUCAAUUGUUCAGUCUAUUUAUUAAAAAUUUGAAGAAGAUGUACGUAAUACAAAACACAAACAAUUUUACAUGUACGACUGUUUAAUUGAUAUACCUAAAAUACCAAGUAUUCAACAUAUAUAUGUAUAUAUAUGUGUUAGAUGUUAUAUAUAUAUAUAUGUUAUACGUUAUUUGUAGUUUGAAAAAUAAAGUAAUCGUUAAUCGUUCAUAUACCAUA